AAAACUUGAUUAUAAUAAUUAAUAAUAAUAGUAAAAUGAUGAAAUAAUGAAAAACUUUUUAAAUAAAAAUUAACGUAUGUAUGUGUAUAGGUAAGAUUUGUAUAAAAUUCUAUUAAAUUAUUUUAUGAAUUUCGCGCCACUAUUUGUUUUGCCGCGUAACCUAACCUCCAAAAGAUUCAAACAAAUUGCAGUCCGUUUGAACUUUCCAGUUAAAAUAUAAAAAAAACACAAACUAAUAAAUUAAUAGGCUAUAAUAAAUAACCGAACGACAGAAAUUAAUGUGAAAAUGCCAAGCGUUAAAUUAAUGUUAAGAGGCGUGAGUGUGGAUUUUCCAUUCGAACCUUAUGAAAUCCAGAAAAAUUACAUGGAAAAAGUAAUUGAGUGCCUUCAAAAUGAAACAAACGCAGUUCUAGAAUCACCGACAGGUACAGGAAAAACCCUGUCAUUGCUUUGCUCAACACUUGGCUGGCUUCAAGUGAAAAAAGCACAGGUUCAGGCCCAGCGACAAAGUUCAAUUUACCAUGGAGAGGAACAAGGAUUUGUUGGUAAUAUAUUGAAAGAGUUACAACAACAGGUUGGCAGUCAGAAAAGUAAUGGAAGAGCAUUCAUGGGCAUGCCAACGAUUAUUUAUGCAUCAAGGACACAUUCACAACUUUCGCAGGCUAUGAAUGAACUGAAAGCAACUUCUUACAGUCACAUGAGAGCUUGUAUUUUGGGGUCCAGAGAACAGAUGUGUAUACAUCCAGAUGUUGCACAAGAACAAAAUAACUCAACAAAGGUCCAAAUGUGUCGAAUAAAAGUAAAAACUCGAUCGUGCCACUUCCACAAUCGUGUUGAGCGGAAGAAGGACGAACCAUUUAUCCAUCAAAUGCCCAUAAUCGACAUAGAAGAUAUCGUUAAACUGGGCAACCAGCACAAAUUUUGCCCAUAUUACAUGUCUAAAGAAUUGCACAACCAGGCUGACAUAAUAUUUAUGCCCUACAAUUACCUGCUUGAUCCCUCGGCACGGAAAUCAUUAGGCGUGGAACUCGCCAAUAACGUGGUAAUUUUGGAUGAGGCUCAUAAUAUUGAACGAAUUUGCGAGGAGGCUGCAUCCUUGCAAAUUAAAUCGACUGAUAUAACUUUAGCAAUUGAAGAAGUGACAACAGUUAUGAAAAGCAUGUCUGAGGAAGUCCCCAGUUUUGAUGAUUCUCCAAAAGAUUUUACAGCUGAAGACCUAUGCAUUCUUAAACAGGCGUUAUUGGAUUUUGAAAGCGCUUUGGAUAAUGUUGAACUGCAAAAUGAGAAGGAUGGCACCACUUUUGAUGGAGAUUUCAUUUAUAAACUAUUUGCAAACGCUCAAAUUCUAGAAACGAAUUAUAUGAAGUUUGUAGGUUUUAUAGAGAAAAUUGUUCAGUUUUUGGUUACACUGAGUGAUGGUCCUUUUCAAAGGCGGGGAAAUGGAUUGCAACUGUUUGCUGACUUAAUGACUGUAGUUUUUUCCACUGCUUCAUAUAAAGCAAAAGUUCAAAAAUGUUAUAAGGUGCAUAUUUUAUUAGAAGAACCAAAGAAGAAAGGCAAGGAUAAUUGGCUGAGUAAAGCCACAGCGAAAGCUGGCUGUAGAAUUUUAAAUUAUUGGUGCUUCAGUCCUGGUUUUGGCAUGAAUAUGUUAAUGGACCAAGGAAUAAGAUCAUUGAUUCUUACAAGUGGCACUUUGGCUCCUUUAAAUCCUCUUAUAUCAGAACUGCAACUGAGAGUUAAUGUGAGAUUGGAAAAUCCUCAUGUAAUAUCUGGCAGUCAGAUUUGCGUGAAAAUUGUACCCAAGGGACCUGAUGGAAAGAAUCUAAAUUGUAACUAUCAAAAUCGGGAGAACCCAGCUUUUAUAACUUCAUUAGGAUUUACAAUUUUCAACAUAACUCGCCAUGUACCAAAUGGCUUACUUAUAUUUUUUCCGUCAUAUCCUUUGAUGCAAAAGUACCAAGAAUUUUGGCAGGGGAAUGGAACUUGGAGCAACAUCAAUAACAUCAAACCAAUUUAUGUUGAACCAAGGGACAAAAAUUCAUUCCAAAGCGCCAUGGUCGAGUACUACUCUAAAGUGGAUGAUCCUGUGUACAAAGGAGCGAUAUUCAUGGGAGUUUGCAGAGGUAAAGUAUCGGAGGGAUUGGAUUUCGCGGACGGUAAUGGACGUGCGGUCUUGGUGAUCGGACUGCCGUACCCUCCAAUGAAAGAUCCCAGGAUUGUACUCAAAAAGCUGUACUUGGAUCAAUGCAACGCCGAGAACAGGGAGUACUUGCGGGGUGAUGAGUGGUACAGUUUGGAGGCAACAAGAGCGGUUAACCAGGCCAUCGGCAGAGUCAUAAGACACCGUAACGAUUACGGAGCUAUUUUGUUGUUGGACGAGAGAUUCGAUUAUGGUAAGGUCAGACAGAAUCUGUCAAUGUGGCUCAGGCAACACAUUAAAGUUGCCAAGAAUUUUGGGGAAGUCAUCAAAGACAUCAGACAGUUCUUUCAAAGUGCUGAGGCUUCGUUGCCCAAGCCUAGUUUAAAGCCCAAAGUUAGUAAUACUCUUCCCGCGCAAUUUGAUACGAAAAUCAACAACUCUAACACAGAAUCUCAAAGCGUUUUUGAUAAAUUAAAUCCGAACGGGAGCGUACAAAUUCAUAAAAGAAAUGUAAAUGAGGAAUAUAAUCCGGCAAAAAGAAAAAAAAUUGUGUUGACAAGGCCAAAUUCUAAUUCUGAUGCUUCCACGUCCGUAAAUACGGAUGCAAAAGAAUUUAUUACUAUGGUAAAAAAAUGUUUAGAGGGAGACACAUAUUCUAUUUUUGUUAAAGCGAUGGGUUUGUAUAGGAAUAAAGGAAAUGUGGAAGAGUUAAUACAGGAAUUGGAUACUAUUUUUCGAAGCAGACCUAAUGUGAGGUAUCUUUUAACUGGUUUGGAAAGGUACAUCAAAUCGGAUCAUAAAGAAGCUUAUAAUAAUUAUGUACAAACUAUGCUUUAAAUAUGGGUGAAAUAAAAGCUUAUGUACUUUAGAUAUAUAUUUUUAUAUGUUCUUUAUACCAGUUACAUAAAUACAAUAUUUUUUGAU